UUAUUUCUUCCUACAUUUGGAUAUAUAUUGUUGCAGUUUUUUAUGUAUAUCCCUUACAAGCAUUAGAGAAGAACAUGCAUGCAGUGAUGAAGAAUGCAGAAUUGUGAGUUUAUCUGUUUUAAAUGGCUGUAGAUUAUGUACACAAGAUGGUAAGGUUGGUAUUUUUUUCAAGCAUUGAGUCUGAUGAUGUUUCAUUUGGAAGGCUGAUACACAUAAUAGCGCGGAUCUCCAAUACUUUCCUGACUACAAGAUAUGGCCCUAAUUAUAUCUUUGUUGAAGCAGUUUGAACAAAAGCUAUUAUUAAAAAAUUUCAUGUCCUUCACUUGCCCUUCACUUCCAGGCCCUCUGUGAACAAACUAAAAAACCAUCCUGAGUCUUACUGAACAUGUUUUCCUAAGGAAAGAUCAGAGCACAGUUGUGAUGAUAUUUGAGUGUCCAAAAGACUUAAGAGGGAAUGACUAUUUCUCCGAAAACUAAGUUUUACUUACGUUUGUUGCUUUCUGAUAAGUAAUACCAGAACAAGUAGCUAUUCUGUAUGUUCAGCCUGUGGAACGGAGAUAAAAGCUAGCACAUUCUAUUGGAAUAGAAAACCUUUACUCCGUUCUGAAUAGAAUAACUCUUUGCAGCUCAAACUUAAAUACUUGGGAGAAGGCUGGAGCUUGAGAUGGGGAAGUUCCAAUUCAUUUAUUAUGAACUGUGCUUUAUUUCUCUUAAUACUUAAACAGUGAUUGCUAUUUGUAUUACUCCAGUUCUAACCUGAAGAUUUAACAUCUGCUUCCAAUUAAAAAGCAGUGGUUCCCUACGAAGAGUAAUUCAGGUUGUGCUGAUUUGCCAUGUAUAAUUCUACAUACAUGUUUGAUGAUGAUUCUGAUGAUGAAAUCCCCACCCAACAAGCUAUUCAGGAAAGCUUGCGAGAUAGGCAUAAAAUUGAAACAAGUGGCAGUGCAACAAAGGAUGAAAGUUUCCAGCAUAUUGCAAGUAAAGAACAUGGAAAGAUAAUUGCAGCAAUUCGGACAGUUAAUGUCUGUCUGAUCACAGGCCAAGAAGAGGCCUUGGCGAAGUUAGUGAGGCACAGUUCUGCUUUUGAAGAAGUAGAUCAGCAUGGCUGGCUUCCUUUGCAUGAAGCUGCAGCACAGCUAAAUAAGAACAUCCUUGAAAUAACUUUGAAAGCCUCCUGUGCCAUUUCGUGGGAACAGACCACUCUAAAAGGGGAAACGCCUCUCUUGGUGGCAGUAAGAAAUUGCUUUGUAGACAAUGUCCGCGUUCUCCUGCUCAAUGGCUGCAAUCCCAAUGUUAAGAAUGAAGAGGGAGAUUCUCCUUUAGUUAUAGCGAUUAAACUUGAUUCGUAUGAGAUUGCCUCCUUGCUGAUAAAUUCUGGUGCAAAUGUGAAUUUGCAGUGUGUCCACAAGAGGACAGCUUUACAUGAGGCAGCCAGGCUAGGCAGGAAGGAUCUGGUGAAGCUUCUCCUUCGUUCUGGAGCAGAUCCUGACCCUCGCAGCGGAUAUGGGCUCACACCUCUAGCACUGGCUGCACAGAUCGGACAUACAGAAAUUAUGGAGCUCUUACUGCAAAAAGGUGCAGAUGUUCUUUCACAGGCAAUGGAUUGUGCUUCUAUAUUAUUUGAAGCAGCAGGAGGAGGAAAUCCAGAUUCUCUGAGUCUUUUACUAGAAUAUGGGGCUGAUGCCAAUGUACCAAAGCACUCUGGUCAUUUGCCAAUCCACAGAGCUGCAUAUAGAGGACACUUUCUAGCCCUAAAAAAUUUGGUUCCGGUUACUAAUUUUGACGCCAUUAAAGAAAGUGGGAUAAGUCCAGUUCACUCAGCAGCAGCAGGAGCACAUCCUCAGUGCCUUGAAUUUCUCCUCAAAUCUGGGUUUGAUGCCAAUUUUAUGCUGGAUCAAAGAGUUCGCAAAGGCUACGAUGACCACCGGAAAUCAGCGUUGUACUUUGCUGUUUCCAAUGGGGAUAUCUGUUCAACACAGUUGCUGUUGAAUGCUGGAGCCCUGCCAAACCAAGAUCCCAUCAACUGUCUCCAAAUAGCCUUGAGAAUGGGAAAUUAUGAAUUAGUGAAUCUACUGCUCCAACACGGGGCUAAUGUCAAUUACUUCUGCAGAGUGAAUACAACGCAUUUUCCAUCAGCUCUACAGUAUGCUCUGAAAGAUGAAGUCAUGCUGAGAAUGCUGAUGAGCUACGGGUAUGAUGUCCACCGCUGCUUUGAUUGCCCUCAGGGAAACAGUUCACAUUCCCAGUAUGUGACUGAUGGAUGGACUUCUACUGUUAUCAAAGAUACAAUGUUCUGUGAAGUGAUAACCUUGUCGUGGUUGAAGCAUUUAUCUGGGAAAGUAGUGCGAGUCAUGCUGGAUUAUGUCGAUCACGUUAGUAUCUGCUGGAAGCUAGAAGCCGUUCUCAAGGAACAGGAACUGUGGCCAGACAUCAGUUUGAUUUUGACAAAUCCUCGCUCUCUGAAGCAUCUUUGUCGUCUGAAGAUACGGGCAUGCAUGGGUCGGUUGCGUCUCCGUCGUCCUAUCUUCAUGACCUUCCUUCCACUGCCAAACUGCCUGAAGGACUAUGUACUGUACAAGGAAUAUGAUCUUUAUGGACAGGAGAACUUCACAGGAACCUACAGCUUCAACUGCACAUAAUUAUUAGUUCUGUAUUUUGAAGGGAAUGUUGAUGUGGCUAAGACUGUUGUGCAGCUGCUUUCUUCUUUUGGGAUUUUAUCUCCUAUGUGUAUUAAGGAAUGCCAGCAUUUCCCCCCCUCACCCCUUGAAGAAAAUGGGGAGAACACCGAAAUAUAAGUAUUGGUGAUCCCAUUCUAUAUAUCUACUGGACUAUAAACUAGUGGAAAGUUAUGGCAAUAGUAUUUUAAAUGCUUAGUGUAAAAAUUUAAGGAACUGUAACAUGCAGGGCUGCAAACCUUGGGUUAUUGCUAGCAGGUAACACUACCCCCAUUGCAGGGAUAAACUUGGGGUUUAGUUAAAGGUCAGGGAUUUGUUUUAACUAAAAUCAGGA